GAAGCAAUAAAAUCCAAAAUAAAAAAGUUCAGAUAAGCAAAAAAAACUUUACUUAGCGUAAUUUUCGUUGCUUGUUCGCGAAGUUAUAAUAAAUUCAUUAUUAAGUGAAGAAUUAGUAUUAUAUUUUCUAAAAAUCACCUAAGCAAAUAUAAAAACGUUAUAAAGGGUCCAAGAACUGCAUGUAAACUAGUGUGCAUUCAAAUAUACAUGUAUACAUAUGUUGAAAAAUAAAACUAUAAGGGUUGAAAAAUACAUAUUUAUAUAUAUGUAAGUCGCCAUAUGAGAUAAGGGUAGGUUGCAUUUGUCAUCAUUGAGGAAAAAACCGGCUAAGAGUAUAUUCGAUAGUGAUUUUCUACAGUUGAACAGAAGCACUCGGAGCGCACAGACCAGAUACACGGUUUGGCAAAAACGGCGGCGGCUUUUCAUAAACUUUAGAAUAUUUUUCUUUUUUACUUGCACCUCCUCGUUCGUUCCAUACCCUUACUGGUGGGAUUUCUCUUUGCUGCUGUUAUACCUACAAAAAAAAAGUGGAAACGAUUGCAAACCGAUUAAAGAUGGCUGAAAAUUGUCCAAAGUGUAAAAAAUCAAUCAACUCCAAGGAUCCAAUUAUUAUAUGCAACUCAGAUGAUUGCCUGAAAAAGUUUCACCGAACAUGUGUUAACGUUGAUGACGCCGUUUAUGAUGCCAUACAAAAAAAUCCAUUGAUUGCAUUUAACUGUGAUGAAUGCAAAAAUCAAUCGCCAAAGGCGCUGGCCGCCAAGUUAAGCACUAUGGAGGAUAAGCUGAAUAAAGUCUGUAAUGGUAUUAAUCAAAUACAGGGACGAAUGUACCAACAAUAUUUUCAAUUUGGAAAUGCCAAUAAUGUGGAUGGAAAGAAACAGACUAACAAUCUAAUUGUGGUUGGCAACAAUUGUAAUUCAGAUCGUCUGCAAGUGGUCUGCGACUAUGGGCGUUGGGUGCAAGUAGGCAAGUUUGCAACUUCAACCAGUGAAGACGAUGUCAUUGAGCACUUGGCAGAAGAGCUUAAAAUUAAUAAGAACUUAGUUAAGUGCACUAAACUAGUUAAGAACGAUGCAAACUUAUCGCAAUUAUCAUAUUGCAAAUUUAAAAUUUCUAUACCAGAUUAUCGCUUCAGUGAACUGUUCAAUGAGUCCAUUUGGCCCAGCGGCGUUAUGGUAAGCCCAUUUACCCCACGUUCACAGUUGAACCAAAAUCGUAUUUGAAGGAAAAAGGGGCAAAAGAAGGGUAAAAGUCACCAACCAGACAAGCAAACGUGUGAAAGAGAUGGCAAGUAAUGCACUCCUUGAUAAUAUAAAACAUAUGAAAUGAAUCUGUUGAAGGUGUAGUGAAGUUAAUCGUGAUAUGUGUGUGCAUGGUUGGGGACUGGGUGAGUUAGGCAAAGUCGCUGGCAAAUGAAAUUUUAAAACUUUUUCCCAUAAAACUUCAGCGAUUAAAUAAUAAUUCAAUUUACUGAAAAUAUAUUACAAUGUUUAUCCCUUCUAUUCAAAAAUAUUUCAAAAUAACAAUUUAUAAAAUAAAAGCUUAACAAGAUUUAAAAAUGCAUUUCAAAUAUUUUAGAAUUGAAACUUAAAUUAUUAAUGAAAAUUAGCAACUUACUCGUAUAUGUCGUAUAUUUACACCACAUUAAGCAAAAAUAAAAAACAAAAGUAUAAAAUAUAAAACAUUUAAAAGAUUUUAAAGAAUAUUUAACCUAAA